AUGGGAACGGCUUUUCGCUUGGUGUGGACUUGUCUCAAAAUUUCCCGAGAAGCCUUCAACCCAGAACACGAAGACUCAGAAAUACAUGGCAGGGGAAGUUUGGAAAAGUUAGCCCAUCACAUUCGGACGACGUCUCGAGCCUACUCUGCACCCUCCAACGGCUCGAUUCCCGCUGCCAAGAAGAAGUAUGUCCCGACUCAUGGCACGUAUCCCAUCGGCUUCCGGGUCUCGGGCACCAUAGUAGGCGUCAAGCCCAGCAACACGACCAAGCCGGACCUGGCCCUGUUGACGUCGGAUGCGCCGUGUGCUGCAGCUGCCGUCUUCACCAAGAAUAAGUUCCAAGCCGCCCCCGUCACCUUCAGCCGCAGCCUGUUGCAGAAAAAGAGCAACCAGGGGAUCCAGGGCGUCAUCAUCAACUCGGGAUGCGCCAAUGCCGUCACGGGCAAGGGCGGCCUGGAGGACGCCACCAAGAUGGCACAGGCAACCGAUAAGUGCAUCGGCCAGGCCGACAGCACCCUCGUCAUGAGCACCGGCGUCAUCGGCCAGCGGCUGCCCAUCGACAAGAUUCUCGACAACGUCCCCGCCGCGCACAAAGCCAUGGGUGGGUCCCACGAGCACUGGCUGACGGCGGCCAAGGCCAUCUGCACCACCGACACGUUCCCCAAGCUCAUGUCGCGCACCUUCAGCCUGCCCUCGUCGCCAGGCGUCGAGUACAGGAUAGCGGGCAUGACCAAGGGCGCCGGCAUGAUUCACCCCAACAUGGCGACGCUGCUCGGCGUCAUCGCCACCGACGCGCCCGUCUCGCCGGCUGCCCUGCCCUCGGCGCUCAAGUACGCCGUGGACCGCUCCUUCAACAGCAUCACCAUCGACGGCGAUACGUCGACCAACGACACGGUCGCGCUGCUUGCGAACGGCGCCGCAGGCGGCAAGGAAGUAGCUCGGGGCACGCCCGACUACGACGCCUUUCGCGACGUGCUGACUGGGUUUGCGGCCGAGCUGGCGCAGCUGAUUGUGCGCGAUGGCGAGGGCGCCACCAAGUUUGUCACCAUCCGCGUGACCGAGUCGCCCAGCGAGGAGGCGGCCCGCAGAGUUGCCAGCACGAUUUCCCGGUCGCCGCUCGUCAAGACGGCGUUGUAUGGCAAGGACGCGAACUGGGGUCGCAUCCUGUGCGCUACGGGAUACGCGCUCAUUUCUGAGCCAGGCCAGCCGAUUAACGAGGUCCCUGAGAUCUCCCCGGAAAAGACCAACGUGUCGUUCAUCCCCACCGACGGCACGGCCGAACUGAAGCUCCUGGUCAACGGUGAGCCAGAGAAGGUCGACGAGGCGAGAGCUGCCGAGAUCCUCGAGCUUGAAGACCUCGAGAUCCUGGUCCGCCUGGGCAUGGGUGACAAGCAGGCUACGUACUGGACCUGCGACUACAGCCACGAGUACAUGGUGGAAAAGUACAGGCCUGUUUUCCUCGACGAUGUUGUCGGCAACACAGAAACGAUUGAGCGGUUGAAAAUCAUUGCACGCGAUGGCAACAUGCCACACCUUAUCAUCUCGGGCAUGCCCGGUAUCGGCAAGACGACCAGUGUAUUGUGUCUGGCGAGGCAAUUACUUGGAGACUCGUACAAGGAGGCGGUUCUGGAGCUGAAUGCCAGUGACGAACGAGGCAUCGAAGUGGUCCGGCAACGGAUCAAGGGCUUUGCACAGAAAAAAGUCACGCUUCCCCAAGGGCGGCACAAAAUAGUCAUCCUCGACGAAGCCGACAGCAUGACAUCUGGCGCGCAGCAAGCUCUCCGGCGAACAAUGGAGAUCUACUCCAACACAACCCGCUUCGCCUUCGCAUGCAACCAGUCCAACAAGAUCAUUGAGCCGCUGCAGUCACGCUGCGCCAUCCUGCGGUACGCCAAGCUGACCGACGCCCAGGUGGUCAAGCGGCUGCUACAAAUCAUCGAGGCCGAGAAGGUCGAGUACAGCGAUGACGGCCUGGCGGCACUCGUCUUCAGCGCCGAGGGUGACAUGCGGCAGGCCAUCAACAACCUGCAGUCGACGUACGCCGGCUUCGGCUUCGUGUCGGGCGACAACGUCUUCAAGGUGGUCGACUCGCCGCACCCGAUCAAGGUCCAAGCCAUGCUCAAGGCGUGCUACGAGGGCAAUGUCGACUCGGCGCUCGACACGCUGCGCGAGCUGUGGGACCUGGGGUACUCGAGCCACGACAUCAUCAGCACCAUGUUCAAGGUGACCAAGACCAUCCCAACGCUGAGCGAGCAUGCCAAGCUCGAGUUCAUCAAGGAGAUUGGCUUCACGCAUAUGAAGAUCCUCGAAGGCGUGCAGACACUGCUGCAGCUGAGCGGGUGCGUGGCGAGGCUGUGCAAGCUGAACAUGGACCCGAAGAAGUUUGAGCUGUCCAAGAAGUGA